CGUCACGUGCGGCUGCCCGGCCACCCCGCCUCACAGCGCGCCUGGCUGGGCCGGGGAGGGGGGCGGGGCCCGGGAGCUGCUGCGCCUGCGUUGUGGGCGUUCUCGGGCAGCAGCUGCCGCCGCCGCCGCCUCCGCCGCUACCGCCGCGUUUGGGUGUAGAAUCUGGAAUUCCUGCGCCUCGUUAACAAUGAAGCAGAGUUCGAAUGUGCCGGCUUUCCUCAGCAAGCUGUGGACGCUUGUGGAGGAAACGCACACCAACGAGUUUAUCACCUGGAGUCAGAAUGGCCAGAGUUUUCUGGUUUUGGAUGAACAAAGAUUUGCAAAAGAAAUUCUUCCCAAAUACUUCAAGCACAAUAACAUGGCAAGCUUUGUGAGGCAAUUGAAUAUGUAUGGUUUUCGUAAAGUAGUACAUAUUGAUUCUGGAAUUGUUAAGCAGGAACGAGAUGGUCCUGUUGAAUUUCAACAUCCUUACUUCAAACAAGGCCAGGAUGAUUUACUGGAGAACAUUAAAAGAAAGGUUUCAUCUUCAAAACCAGAAGAAAAUAAAAUUCGUCAGGAAGAUUUAACAAAAAUUAUAAGUAGUGCUCAAAAGGUUCAAAUAAAACAAGAAACAAUUGAGUCCAGGCUUUCUGAAUUAAAAAGUGAGAAUGAGUCCCUUUGGAAGGAGGUGUCUGAAUUACGAGCAAAACAUGCACAACAGCAACAAGUUAUUCGAAAGAUUGUCCAGUUUAUUGUUACAUUGGUUCAGAAUAACCAACUUGUGAGUUUAAAACGUAAAAGGCCUCUACUUCUGAACACUAAUGGAGCCCAAAAGAAGAAUUUGUUUCAGCACAUAGUAAAAGAACCAGCUGAUAAUCAUCAUCAUAAAGUUCCACACAGUAGGACUGAAGGUUUGAAGUCAAGGGAGCGGAUUUCAGAUGAUAUCAUCAUUUAUGACGUUACUGAUGAUAAUGCAGAUGAAGAAAAUAUCCCAGUUAUUCCAGAAACUAAUGAGGAUGUUAUAUCUGAUCCCUCCAACUGUAGCCAGUACCCUGAUAUUGUCAUUGUUGAAGAUGACAAUGAGGAUGAAUAUGCACCUGUCAUCCAGAGUGGAGAUCAAAGUGAGCCAGCCAGAGAACCCCUAAGCUCAGACAGUGAUGGCUCCAGCCCUCUCAUGUCUAGUGCCGUCCAGCUAAAUGGCUCAUCUAGUCUGACCACAGAAGAUCCCGUGACCAUGAUGGAUUCCAUUUUAAAUGAUAACAUCAAUCUUUUAGGAAAGGUUGAGCUGUUGGAUUAUCUUGACAGUAUUGAUUGCAGUUUAGAGGACUUCCAAGCCAUGCUGUCAGGAAGACAGUUCAGCAUAGACCCAGAUCUCCUGGUUGAUCUUUUCACUAGUUCUGUGCAGAUGAAUCCCACAGAUUACAUCAAUAAUACAAAAUCUGAGAAUAAAGGAUUAGAAACCAAGAACAAUGUAGUUCAGCCAGUUUCAGAAGAGGGGAGAAAAUCUAAACCUAAAACAGAUAAGCAGCUUAUCCAGUACACUGCUUUUCCACUUCUUGCAUUCCUCGAUGGGAACCCUGCUUCUUCUGUUGAACAGGGGAGUACCGCAUCAUCAGAAGUUAUGUCCUCUGUAGAUAAACCCAUAGAAGUUGAUGAGCUUCUGGAUAGCAGCUUGGACCCAGAACCAACCCAAAGUAAGCUUGUUCGCCUGGAGCCAUUGACUGAAGCUGAAGCUAGUGAAGCCACACUGUUUUAUUUAUGUGAACUUGCUCCUGCACCUCUGGAUAGUGACAUGCCACUUUUAGAUAGCUAAAUCCCCAAGAAGUGGACUCUAUGUGUAUAUAUUCAUCAAAAUGAUGAACUAUUUAUUUUAAAGUAUCAUUUGGUACUUUUUUUUGUAAAUUUCUUUGUUUCAUUUUAUCAGAUAACUGUGGAAUCAAAAGCACCUUUUGCUUUUCUCACUAACCACCCACUCUUGCAAAGCUUUCAGGUGUUACUCAAUUAUGUAGGUACAUAAAGAUUUGAUGUGUUAAACCACAUUAUUGGCAUAUCUUUAAGUUGGAUUCAAAUGGCCAUUUUUCUCCUAAAUUGGAUUUCUUUUUUACGUAUAUGUUCAUUAACCCCAGUUAAACUUUUCGUUUGUUUGUUUUACUUGUUUGAUGCUGUCUUGUUUGCAUUGAGUGUAAGUCACUAUAACUAAUGGUAGAACUCCUAAAGCUUUCUCUGUUCCAGUUGCUUUUAUUGAGUAUUUUUCACAUGGCUUCUUUAUAAAACUGGGAACAUAAAGUGCCUGUAUCUUGUAAAACUUCAUUUGUCUCUCUUGGUUCAGAGAAGUUCAUUCAUGUUCAAAAGGAAGGCAACAUAUACUUGAGUGCUUGCUGUCUGAUACAGUUUCAGCUGCAUAUAUUAUAGACAGAAGGGGAUGGGAUGGUGUCAACCCAUCCAGCUCACUGGACUAGUUUUAAGUAAAAGUUUUCUGGUUUGUUUUGUGUUUUUUUGAAGCAUACUAUUUAGUAAAAUAAAUAUUAUGAAUGUUGCGUA